GGUAUAGCCAGUCUAGCUAGUAGCAAGCAAACGAGAAAGGCAACCUGUUGCGUGUGUGACGCCGUGUCGUAUUUUCUUUUGUGCUUGAAAUAUUUUGGUUAAUAUUUUGGGUUCGCUGUUUUUUAUUUAAUUUCGGUGUGUAACUGUUUAAAACUUUAGUUUUCGGUGGCUAGUUUGUGAUGUUUUCGGCGACGAGUUUAUUCGACAGGUAUAGAAACCAUACGUCAGUAAAGUUUGCCUCAAACAAGACUGGUAAUUGUAAGUUGUGAUUCGGCACUACUGUGCAAGCUGCAGGGAGAUGAGCGUAAUGGCGACGAAGAUGAAAGCAUCAACAGCCGAUUUCCUGUCCGGUGAGGGAAUAGAUUUGAGUCCACAGAAAAAAAUCUCGACAGCGAACAUAAUCGGCCAGGAACAGGAUGAUUUGGAUCUGUUGUUGAGUGAAAUCACUGUACAAUUCGAUGACGAAGUUCAAACAUUAUACGUAGGCCCUGUAGAGAUUGUUGACGAUGACGAAAGUAAUGGCGGUGUAGUCGACAGUAAAAUCAACAACCGGAAAACUGGCUCUCAGCAAACGAUUUUGCUGCCACAGAAAGAAACAACACAAUCCAAACAGCAAGAUGCUCAAAAUCCGCUUCCAACGGAGGUUUUGCCGACCGUUGCAGCGACCGAAUGUGUGAAUGACGUCAUCAAAGAGGACGCAAAUAUCGGUAUUCCAGCAAAUGCUAAGGGGGAUAGUGCCGUAAUAACCAUAGAACAACAUCCACCCUCGCCAACGUCGCCGUCUGUGGGCGAUGAGCUUACAGCUUCAGAUACUGGGAAAUCCCCUGAAAAGACAACGACGAUAGAUGCAGCAAACACCACAAAAGACGCUAAUGUCGGCGCGUCAGCGGUAGCGACUGAGAAUAUCACUAAACUAGACGUAGAACAACAAGAGCAGUUGCAACAUCAGCCAGCUUUGCCAGGGGUUGGGAAUGGUGGGGUUUCCCCCAGAGGGGGGACAACGAUGGUUGAUUCAGCAAACGACGACCGUCCCCAUCAUUUGACAGUAGCUCCUGUUGUUAUUGAUCCAAAAAAUGGAGGAGAACUGCAGACGGUUGCUAGCGCAGAUGUAAAAAAGACAAAUCGAUCUAAAGCACAUACGCCGCCAAUUGCUAGCAGCAUUUCGACGCGUGUGACAAGAUCAUCCGCCUCUCCGGUGAAAAUUCCUGCUGCCAAGCCGACGGCAGUCAUAUCCCCAAGCACUAAGCGCAAAGUGUCGCCCGAUCAGUCGUUGCAGAAAUCGCCUGCUAAACGUUCGAAAGCACCAACUACUAUCAAGGAAGAAAUAAAGCAACUUUCGCCAGUUCUACCACUAGGGGCGCAGAAGGACUUGCAACCGGAAGAUAAAUUGCCACUGAUUGAUUCGGUCGUGUGCGAGACAACACCGACACUGAAACAAAAAGAAUACGUUGAAAAGGAAGAAAGUCCAGAGACAGAAGUUAAAAAUUACGCGGAAGCCGAAGAAGAAGAAGAACAAACCCGCGAAGGAGAACUGAUCAUUCCAGAUGUAAUAGCACCGGUAGAAGAAGGCGAACAGCAGCUUCUCGAAUAUAACGUACCAUACGAAAAGGAUUCGUCUCCUGCCGGUAGCGACAGCGGCAUUGAGAACGAGGCAACUGACAAUAGCAAAACAGUACCAAUAUCAGUUCCGGUGCUUGCGCCGGAUGCGAAUGAAUUGGACUCAGUAAACAUUCCAGAAGGUUCUACGGAACCAGCAGCAGAAGCUAGUGAAGCGUUAAAAACAGUAACAAACGAUAAUACUCAUUUGGAAUCGGCUCUAAGCAGAACUGAAAAGCAAACGAAAAACCCUAUUCGCGUAAUAAAAUGUUCGAAAUGUUUUAUGACCUUUAAGCGCGAUCUGUGGUAUAAAAAGCAUCUAAUGAAUUACCACGGGAUAGAUUUGAGUAACAUUGCUCAUUUCCUUUCCAAUUUACAAACCUUAGAUGAGGAUAUCCGUGAUGACACGGAUGAACAGGGUGUUGAUGAAGAGUUUCAGUUAGCCGAGCAAACUCUAGAAGCACAGAGUAUAAACAACAAAAAGACUGAGACUAAUACGGAAGCGAAUUCACGUCAAAACAAUGCAGCAGAGGAACCCAAAGGGACAGCGGAGAAACGUCUGCGACUGGAUGUCCCUUCAACGCCAAGUCCGGCAACUUUGCAGAUGUAUCCCGAAGUAAAGCUCUCCACUAGCAAUGGCAAAAGUAGACAAUCGCGUCGCCGCAAGGAAAAACUGGUACCAAGAAAUACCGAUGCCGGUAUGAAGAUUAAACACGAGUAUCACGCAGCGAUGACAGCACAAGAAGAAUCUACCAGUGGUUCUUCCCAGUCGUCACAACCGUCGCUAAAUGAUAUAUUUGUUGUUACAUAUCUGGAGCGGGCCUUUCUGGAUGGGGCCGAAGGCACCGCAGGGCCACCUGUUGCAAACAAGGAGAAUUCGUCUAAAUCCUCUAAAAUGCUCGACCCAUUGGCAGUGGAUAUGACUCCUUUUGAGCGAGCCAAAAUUGUGGAAGCAGGAACAGAAGGAAACCCGAUUUUCUCGUGUAGCAUCUGUAGCAUGGAGUUCACUGAACUUGCGGCAACUCAGGAACACGUAAACUACACACAUAAAGACGUUAAGCGACGCAGUUGUCCUCAUUGUGGUCGUACGUUUACCCAGACAGGGGACCUAACGCGUCAUGUUCGAAUUCACACUGGUAUCCGACCGUUCAAAUGUCCUUUCGAAGAUUGCAAGUAUGCUUUUAUUUCGUCUGGCGAUCUACACAAACAUGUCCGCCGACAUAAUCAGCACAUUAAUCCGAUUCCUAAGCCUCAUGUUUGCUUAGAAUGUGGCAAAGAUUUUGAGCGCGGGUAUGACCUCAAAAGACACAGUUCGAUGCACGCCAAAGACGACCCCAACCAUGUGGGAUUCAAUUGUGAAUUAUGUGGCAAAACAUUUGCCCGCAAGGAUCAGUACCGCGCUCACACAUAUCGGCACAUUGGCUACAAACCGCACAAAUGUACACACUGCUAUAAAAGCUUCUCCGAUGCGAGCAACUACGCGAAACAUUUGAAGGUACACGACAUGGAUGGGAUCGUCCUAAUCUGUCAUCAUUGUGCGAAACCCUUCAAAAACAAAAUGGCAAUAUCGAAGCACGUAUUCCACUGCAAAUACAAAAAAUCCGAAAGAGACAUUACUUCAGUGAAACGAGAAAUCGCAGUUAAUACCCUCAAACUCAAGAGCCACGAUUCGGACGGUACUCAAUAGCUUCGGUAUAUGUUUAUCGCAAAAGAACAUUGAAAACAGCGGCAGCAGAACAUAGCAAUGUAAGUUCGCGUCUUCAUUCAAAGACACCGAUUCCCACUUCCCCGCCCAACUAGUUUUUAGAAGCAGGAGCUACUACUUAAUAAUUUCUAGAACUACUUUGCUAUAUUACGGUAUGUAAAACUACAAGUUUUCAACCGCAAAUUUACUCUUAAUUUAUGCGCUAAUGUCCUAAUUAACAGUCACACAAUAAGUUUCUAGUUUAACCAACACUAUUUGAGUUGUACGAUUCGGUUGUCUGCAUUUAUGACUGAAAAAAUACAACAGGUCUUAUCUAAUAAAGAUAUUUAUUACAUUACACAAGUGGAAAUAUGAUAUGAUAUAAUACGUUCAGCAAUAAUAAUGCAAGUAAACAAGUGGAUAUUGCGCCAUGUUUCUGUAGAAACAAAUAUACUAGAAUCUGUAUCUUUACGGUGGGAGUGAACUUUUAAAACAGAGCACGAAUUCGAUUGAGUUAAAACCCCCUUUUCAUUACAUUUUAUUCGCUAGUUGUAUCGUUGAAUAAAUUCGGUAUAGAUUUUCUCAUUAAAAUUUCCUGUUUUCCUUUGGUUGAGAAAUUUUCUGUUCGUAACACACCAUGCCUGAACGAUGUGCUACGGGUGUAUAAUUCACCAGGAAAAGUUUAGAGUAAAAAACGGUUCCAUAGGAAUUUUCUGGAAGAAAAAAAAGACAUGACAAAGAAGUGAUUCAAACAGUAUUUCGAAGAACUAAAAUUUGAUACCAAUAUAAUAAUCAUCGAACCACUUAAAUGAUGUCCCUAAUUGAA